AUGAUCUUGGCAAGCCGUGCACCCGCAAUCGCCAAUUUGCUGAGGUGCACUUACUACUGGCUGGCUGUUGAGAUGUACUCUAGCGGAGUACCGGCCCCUCCAAGGCUCAGGGGUCUGGCUCAGCCAAAACUUCUCUUUGCUUUUCUCGCCGUAGAAAGACCCGUGCAUCAGCCAACUGCCAACCCCUUCCUCAAGUUGAAACAUAUCCUGCAGCCCUCGAAUACGGAACUUCAAUCUUCUCAGCCGCGGGAUUUUGAGUGGGGGCUAUUCAAGAUCAUAAUUCAGAGACCCUUGUGCCUGUUCAACAGAUCCAGUCUGUCGAGGAAAAUAAUAGUUGGCAUCAGUUAUCGUUUGGACAAUGGGAGAAACCAACGUCGAGCACGCCAGCCAAGAAUAAACCUUUCAACCGGAGACAUUGCAAGUCGCGUCCCUCCUCGCCAGCCGAAAGUAAACAGGAAGGAUGAAAGAGAGUCCAAGGGUGGACUGCGGGAAAUAUUCACCCGGAACAAGGUUCAGAAAGAAAAGAGUCAAAUAUUGCCUGUGGCUGAAGAAACUCCGCGGUCUGGUAUUUUUGAAAGAUCGACGAAAGCUAUCGCGGAAGCAAAAUUGCGGCGCGGCCUCUCAAUUAAAAAGCUCCAAAGCAGGACUGGAGCAGAAUCUACCGUCUCCGCAACUCCUGUACCCGCUACUACCGGUCAACCAACUUCCAGGCCAUCACGUUUGACUCUGAGGACAAGAUCUGUGAUGGAGGUGAAGACGCCGAGCAAAUCCAGUUCUGCGGGUCACAAAUCGUCAAAAUAUGGCACCAAAUAUCCUCCACGACUGCCGACGAGGACUUCUCCAGCCUGGGAUCCACCACCUCUCUUCCAAGCCUACCCUCAAGCUGUUAAGCAUGCUCAAUUGUCCGCUAUUUCACUCUCUACCGAUGCUAUACUGGGGUUGAGGAGCCACCACAAGAGAAACAACAGACUCACGCGUGAUUUGGCAAAGACGACUUCGAAUGAGCCAUCGAGAACAGCGGCGAGAAAGACGGAGAAAGCAACUAGCAAGCAUCGAAAUCAACUCUCUGAUGCAAUCUCGAAAGCAGAAUGGACACAGAAGAUCUUUGUCCUGGUGACUUCGGGAUAUCUAGUUCAGUACUCUGGCGAUGGGUCGUUUGAUAGAUUGCCUGAGAAGAUGAUGCAGCUAGGGAAAGACUCGGUUGCAUUUGCGAGCGAUGUGAUACCCGGAAAGCACUGGGUUCUGCAAAUUUCUCAGGCAAUGGACUCUGAUGGUACUCCAACAUCGGCCCAGAGAUCUUUGUUGUCGCGUCUCACAUUCAGAAGGGCCGAUUACAAGAGGGCAGUCACAAGCAUGCUCUUAGUCCUGGACAGUGCCGAAGAUAUGCAUUCAUGGCUCGCACUACUUCGAAGAGAAAUUGAAUCACUAGGUGGCAAGAAACACGGGAACGAAACGGGGAAGCCAACGGCAGACGACAGAGUGAUGCAGUUGAGGGCGCAACCAAGCCACCGAUAUCUCACCCAACAGAAUCCAGAUCAAAUUUCUGACCCACCUACGCCUCACAGCCAGACACCUAACCCUCAGCCUUGGGACAAGGACAGAGAUGAUGAGCUGCAAUCGAAAUAUGAAGAUGCUGCUUCCACGCUGAAAGACUCUCUAUUCUCAUCAGCCCGUCCGUCCACUGGCCACAUGUCAGUUUCGGGAAGCGUCACAUCCAGUGAUGUGAGGGAUAGCACAACCAGACUAUCUUACAUGUCCUCCGGCCAACAAACAUUGGUGACAUCUCAAAGUUCCACGCCCGCAACUUCGCCCAUUCGCGAGAGAUCAAGCUUCGACAAAAUCAUUUCAUCUGCAACGGCGGAAGCUCGGCCUCUAACACCAAACGCUGCCGUACUCAACGAGCGUAGAAGAUCAAUACGAACAGUGCAAGUCCCAGUUUCCGAGCUCCAGGCAAAACACCGUCCCUCCAUCCUUGGUGGUCCGGCAGUCCUAGAAGAGGCUGUAAACAUCACCCCAACGGACAUGGCCCCCUCGCCCGUCACCCACGCCAAACCUUCCGUUGACACAACCCCGCCUCGCUCUCCCGCAGCGCCCUCCCCCCAAGCCGCCGCACACCGACCAAAAAACAGGUCCAGCCUUGUCUUUCUCAGCGGCCCCGAAUCGUCACUUAUCAAGUUCAACAAGCCGCGUCGUUACAGUAGCGUGCAGAACCUGCGCGAAAUAAGCGAGAUUCAACCCCCCUUCGACUUCGGCCCUCCCCUACGUCCGGCCCCUGUGCCACAUGCUCCACUGUCGACGCCGUUGCCGAGCUCGCCGUCCAGCAGUCAAUCUUCAGGCAUGAACUCCUCGACUAUUGAGAUAUCGCCAACUCAAGUCCCAACAACUAUCCGCCCACAAAGUAGAGCGAGGUUAGAAACUACCAGCCCAGUCCCUGCUCCCGUCUUGGGCAACACGGAAACGAAAUUCGAAAGACCGAAAAGCAUACGAGUCGACACCUCACUGUCCAACUUCCGUUCCUCCAGCAUUAGUAGCUGUCCCCCCUCCCGAUCACAAGGCUCAUUCUCACCACCACCGAGCGUGCGCCCCUUUUCGGCCCAAGGCACAUACCCCACCCGACCGGGAAGACACGCGACUCCACCGGCUUCGCUCAUGUCCCCAUUAUUGCAGAGAGUCACGGAGGAAGAUAAAUCUGCGAAGCACCAGCGAGGUACGCCAACGCUUGUCAACGGGCCUCCUCCGGCUCCACCUCCCGAAUGCGCACUCCCGCCUAUACCGCUACCCGGGAGUGCAGACCCCAGAGUCCGACUGGGAGCCCGGGGCCACUGA